AUGUCGCGUUUUUAUGCACCUACGUCCUCUAACAAUCGCUUCCCGGAGCAGCAAGCAUCCGAAUCCUCUUGUACCAGCACAGCUAGAAUCAGCUCUAAUUCACCUGCGCCUGUCUCUUCGGUCCCUGUACCAAUUCCUUUAAGUUUUCGUCUUACUCCAUCGGAUCCUGAAUGUCUCAACACUGUACCACAAAUUUCACCUAGCAGUUCAUCGGAUCCGAUGAAUAAUUCUGCCUCACCCUUCUUGCAGGGCCGUGUGGAAAAGAGAAGAGGCCGCAUACGUGGACGGCGCCGGUGCACACGUAGACGUCGCCGCAGCUACAGUCGACGACAAAAUCGAAUCACUAGUGUUUCACCAUCCAGGCUGGAUCCAGGCCGGCGUUGGGAUAGAUAG